CUCUCCAUCUCUCUCUCGUUUCAUUUCUAUAAACCACUUUUUUCUCUCUACAAAAUGGAAGGAGGAGAAAGUUGUAGACGCCACAAACCAAGUAGUGCCAAGGACUCCAAUGGUCUCAUUGAUGUUUUGUUUUCUUGGGAGUUGACAAAUGUGUUCAAUCAAAACUUGUAUAAACUCAAGGUGGGGAAUAUUCCAAAAUCAUUUGAAUCAGAGGAACACUACAGAGGCUCAUACUUGUUCCCUUUGUUAGAAGAAACAAGGGCAGAGUUGUGCUCAAGUUUGAAGGCAAUUCACAAAGCACCUUCUGCUCAAGUGGUUUCCAUUGAAGAGUCAAACGCAAAAAGAGGCAAAAUCUUGUUCAAUGUGAAUGUUAGCCCUUGGAGAAGCACUGAUGGGAAGGGGCAGCAGCCGUACAAAGCACUUCCAGGCCAUAUUUUUAUAAUCUUGGACUCUGAUCCUCAAACUACCGAUAGUGAUUAUUUGGAACGCUCAGAAUUCAACUGGGCAUUUGCUUGGUUGGGACAAAUCACCGACAAUAGUAUCCCUACUCAUCUCAACCUUCAUGUUUCUAAAAACAUCACAGCUCAAGGUGACAUCCUCGAAUCAACAACACUUUUCAUUGUUUUUCUGAUGAAUGUGACAACCAACUUGAGAAUAUGGAAGGCGUUACAAUGUUCUGCUGGUGGGGGCAUCAUUGGGCGUGUUUUGGGCACAACGUGGCUGGGAAACCAUCAAAGCUGCACAGAAUGCACUCAAAAUGAUCAAGAAGAUCCCACGCAAGAUUACCCUACACCACACCCGUCUUCAUUGAAUGAAUCCCAAAAGGUUGCAAUAGAAACUUGUAUCCAAAAUACUCUCUGCCAACACAAGCCUUCAAUAGACCUUAUAUGGGGCCCACCCGGAACAGGCAAAACCAAAACUACCAGUAUAUUACUUUGGAGAAUCUUAACAAUGAAGCACCAAAUUAGGACUCUUGCUUGUUCUCCCACAAAUGUUGCCAUUACAAAUCUUGCCUCACAAGUUGUGAAGUUGCUAAAAGACGAGUCUUUUCGUAAAGACCACAUCUUUUGCCCUUUGGGACAAUUGCUUUUAUUUGGGAACAAAGAUAGACUUAAAGUUGAUUCUCAGCUGGAAGAGAUUUAUGUAGAGCAUAGAGUUGAAAAACUUAUCAAGUGUUUAGGACCAAAUGGCUGGAAGUUUCAAAUAACAUCCAUGAUAGAGAUUCUUCAAGGAUGCAAAUUUCCAAGAUUGAAGAGAAUGUUCAAAUCCAUUGCUUCAUCACUUUUAGAAUGUGUUCACAUUUUAACCACUCACGUCCCUCAAGAGGUCAUUAUGGAGCAUAAUUUGAAAAAAAUGGAGAUUCUUGUUGAGUUGAUUGGUGAUAUUGGGACCCUUCUGAGUGAAGAUGAUGAUAAAGUGAGAGGAACUUUGAUUGGUUUGAAGGGUCAAUGUGUUUUGGUUUUGCAGACUCUUUUGAUGUCGCUUGACCAGGUUGAAGUUCCAAGUAAAGUAAGCAGAAACUCGAUCGAGAAGUUUUGUUUUCAGCAAGCUUCUUUGAUAUUUAGCACAGCUUCAAACUCUUUCAAGUUGAAGAAUGUGAAAAAGAAUUCACUCAACUUGUUAGUUGUUGAUGAAGCUGCUCAAUUGAAGGAAUGUGAAUCACUCAUACCUUUGCAACUUCCUGAUAUAAGGCAUGCUAUUCUUAUUGGCGAUGAGUUCCAAUUACCAGCAACAAUAAGCAGCAAGGUUUCUGAGGCAGCUGGAUUUGGUACAAGCCUUUUUGAGAGGCUUAGUGUCUUAGGACACUUCAAGCACCUAUUGAACACACAAUAUAGGAUGCAUCCGUCUGUGAGCCACUUCCCAAAUUCCAAAUUCUAUGGCAAUCAAAUUCUGGAUGCUUCCAUUGUUAUGAAUAAGCAGCUGUAUGAAGAACAUUACCUUCCUAGUCCUCUGUUCGGUCCAUAUUCUUUCAUCAAUGUUUCUGGUGGACAAGAGGAGAGCAAUGAUGAUGGACAAAGCAAGAAGAACAUGUUUGAGGUAGUUGUUGUGGCCCAAAUAAUACAAAUGCUUUACAAAGCAUGGUCCAACAAGAAGAAGGAUAUUAGCAUUGGGGUGAUAUCUCCUUACGCUGCACAAGUUUCAUCAAUCCAACACAAACUUGGAAGAAAAUAUGAGAAGAAGGAAGGUUUUACAAUAAAAGUGAAGUCUGUUGAUGGAUUCCAAGGUGGCGAAGAGGAUGUGAUUAUAAUAUCUACAGUUAGAUCCAACCGUGGAAACAACAUUGGAUUCCUCUCAAGCUCACAAAGAACCAAUGUUGCUCUCACAAGAGCUAGGCAUUGUCUUUGGAUUGUGGGAGAUGCAACAACCUUAGGAAAAAGUAAUUCAGAAUGGAGAGAAGUUAUUAAGGACGCCAAGUCUCGCCAAUGCUUGUUUAAUGUUGAAGAGGACAAAGAGUUGGGAGAUGCAAUGAAAAUGAUGAAGACUUCGCAAAUGUCUGAUAUCAACCAAGAGAUUCUCAACCUUGACAAUAUUUACAACAGUGAUCACAAGAAGAAAUGAGAUGGGGUUUGAUUGCUCUUACACACUUCAAUUGUUAUUAGUGUGAUAUGUUUAUGAACUUUAAAUUAACACGCCUCGUUUAGUUCUGGGGUUUGGCUUACAAGUCAUUUUCCAAUAUUAAUUAAUAGGGCAGCGAUAUCUUGAAUAUAUUCAAUAA